GAACGACUUCCUCCUCUUCCUCUCUCUCUCUCUCUCUCUAUUUCUCUCUACACGCACUUCAACAUCCAUUCUCCCUCUUCAAAGGACUGUUCCACUUUGUCAUUCAAGCUGGCUAUCGAGGACCAGGAAGCCACUGUUCGUGAAAUCAAGCCCAAGAGUAGAAGAAUCAUGGGUCCUGAUGAAGAAGACCAUAGGUGGCCGCCAUGGCUGAAACCUCUCCUCAGAGAAAGCUUCUUUGUUCAAUGCAAGUUCCAUGCCGAUUCCCACAAGAGCGAAUGCAAUAUGUAUUGCUUGGAUUGCAUGAAUGGCGCUCUCUGUUCUCUCUGUCUUGCUUAUCACAAAGACCAUCGCGCUAUUCAGAUUCGAAGGUCGUCGUACCACGACGUCAUUAGGGUAUCGGAGAUUCAGAAGGUUCUGGACAUCACCGGCGUUCAAACCUACAUUAUCAACAGCGCCAGAGUAGUGUUCUUGAACGAGCGGCCGCAGCCGAGGCCCGGGAAAGGCGUCACCAACACCUGCGAGGUCUGCGAGCGCAGCCUCCUCGAUUCCUUCCGCUUCUGCUCUCUGGGUUGCAAGAUUGUUGGAACGUCGAAGAAUUUCGUGAAGAAGCGGCGGAUGACGGGGUCGGAUUCGGAGGAUUCUUCAUACAGCAGCAGCAGCCAAGGGAAAUCGAUGAAUAAGAACAACAAGAACAAAGUGGUGCAGAGCUUCACGCCGUCAACGCCACCCCCGACUUUGGUUAAUUACAGAACGGCCAAGCGAAGAAAGGGAAUUCCCCACAGAGCCCCAAUGGGAGGACUCAUCAUCGAAUAUUGAAAAAUCAAAAGCAAGCCCCCUAAACUUUUUACUUAAUUACCGCCAUACCAUACUUCCCUAAUUUUAUACAGAAGAUGAAGAUAAUGUACUCUUCGAAUGCUCCCCCCUCUCCUCCCAAUGCCCUGAAGACCAUUUUUACUGGAGGUUGGUGACAAGGAGGAGCUUAGCUUUACCUUUACCUUUAGCUUUCAAGUUUUACUGUAAAUACAGAACGGGGAAGACGAAGAAGGAAAUGAAAAAAUUGGGGAGACCGUGGAAAUACGACAAAGGUGGUGGACUUGGGAGCAAAAAAAUAAAUUUGACUAGUGUUCUAUACAAAGGAAAAGGAAAUUAUGACGACGCUGCCUUGUUAGAAAGUGAUGAAUUAUACGUGAGUUUUGGGCUAUAGAUGUGAAUAUUGUUUCCUUUUUCCUAUUUUUUCUUUUUCAUAUUUUCUUUCUCUGGUUGUACUUUUAGGAAUGUUUAUACAAGGAAUGAAAUAAAAA